CAGCUUGUUUCCCAUUCGCUACGUUAUGAGCUAAAGUGAAGUAAUGUGGAAUCGCGGUUCGUGUCGUGUUAGCCGUUAAGUCAGCUGAUCGUAUUGUUAUUCGUCAUCUGUUACGAUUUCGAUUUUCAGUUCGUAUUUCGCGGUGUCGUUCGAUAUUUUAUUAAUUUCUGCUCGGUAAUUUUUUUAUUUUUAUCGAUUACUCGGUGUUGUAUUACUAAUAUAAUAUUGUAACGUAAACCAAGAAGUGUUGUGAAAACGUUUCGUGUACCAUUGAAGCAGAAAUAUAAUUGUUUUUUUUACAAUAGUGUACAUGUGUCUGUAAAGUUGUUUCGAAUUUUGAACCACCACGUUUUCAAAAUAUAUACGAGUAUGGAUGAUCAUCGUCGUUGAUUCGAAGACAUUAUGCUUGGGGUAUUCAAACGUCGGUGGAGACCGAAAAGUGCUGCGAAGAAUAACAAUGGCAUACAUACCAAAAACAAUCACCUAGUCACAAAUUAUAAUCUGUACUCUGAGCCAGUUUUAUCGAUUGACGGACAGUUUGAUAAAAUCAUCUCUACCUCUAAUAGACAAAUACAUUCACUAUGCGAAGAAAAAGCUCAAUUGGCUGUUACUUACGAAACGAUAAAGUCAUUACCCGCAUCUCAUACUCCAAGUGCUCCUCCACCUCUGCCCCCGACGUCGACUAUACAUUCGUACACGCUGAACGUACCCUCGUCACCGGUAAUUUCGGAAAACGAAAGCCCCACGCUAUCUGUAAACAGAACGGCCAACAUUUGCGUAGAAGACGGAAGAAUAGAAUUUGUAAAGGAAAAUAUAGAUAGCGUGCACGCGAACAACAAUAAUAACCAUAUCCAGAGGGAUACUCGUCGUCAUUCCAGGGAUGAAAAGAUAGAUAACGCUAAGGAAUGUUUGGAAUCACGUAUAGCAGAAUUGGAAAAAUCGCUGGAAGCUGAAAGGAAACUAGUUCAAAGGGAGAAGCUAACAGUGGCGAGGUUGCAAAGGCAAUUAUCGAGGAGAGAAUUAAUACAAAGAGAUGUGGACAGAGAACGUAGACUUCGAUUGGAUUCAGAGGCUAGACUCAGACGUUCGGAAUCGGAUACGGAAAGAUGUCGAGCCAAAUUGGCAGUUUUACAACGUGAAUUCAUUAGAAUGGAAGACACUGUUCGUUCGAUGCUUCAGUAUAAAACGAAAUAUGAACAACUGAAACAGGACAAAACAUCGUUGACUAUUGCUUGCGAGAAUCACAUACAACAUUUUCAAAACAUAAUAUGCAAAAUAAAAGAGGAAAAUGAAGAAUUGAAGAAACAGCUGCAGUCGUUAAACGCAUCGCAGGAAGCAAACAGCGAAGUACAAUCCGUGCUGCUGGAACGGAUAGAAAUAUUACAAAAUCAAAACUCAAAAUUGAUGAAAGAAGGCGAAUCGCAACGAAAGCAAUACGAAAAGUGUCUAGACGAUGUUGCCAAUCAAGUGGUUAAAGCGUUAUUAACUCAAAAGAAUUUACAAGAAGAUGUAAAUAGAUUACAACAACGAGUCAAGGAGUUGGAAAGUAGCAAUAGUUCUUUGUCUAGUUUACUACUGCAACGGAUACAUCGAAAUAACCAAAGUCAUAGCAAUACCAGUAACACUAAUACCUUUCAUAGUAAUAAUUCCGGUAAUCGUUGUUGCCAAACUUUUGCUUGCCUUCAGUCUAGUCUAUGUAGUCAACUCGACGUACUCGCCAAGAAAGCUGAUCAACAGAGACCUGUUAGUUUGGACGAAAGACGUCUUCAGAAAAUCUGGAACAAAUCUGGUAGCAAUAGUUUUGUAUGGUUGCCUCUCCAAAGACCGCAGUCGCUUAAUUUAGAAACUAGCUCGUAUAUUACAAACGACAAAAUUAAGAAAGAAACGGAAGAAGAAAGUCCAGAAAGCGGUAACAGAGAUGAAGGCUAUUCCACUAUGUCCAGCGAUGUUCAAGGAACCAGUGAAAUUCCGCACAAAACUCUCGAAGAGUUGAAAGAAGUCACCGAUGAAUCGGAUUCCGUACCAUUUAGACUUUCAUUAGAUACAAAAAUGAUAAGAUCCAGGAAUAGCUUUCCUCCUGUCACGCACCUGUUACCGUACCAGCAUAUAAUGAGAAGUUUCUCAGACUCUCAACUCUGUUUAAGAAUAACCACCGGUUCGUGCGCACUGUCGCCGUUCAAGUCUUCCAGCAAUAAAUGCCACAAUCAACCGUUACCACUAUUAAGGACAAAAUUUUCCAGUUUACUGGAGGUGGCAUUAAGAGAAGAAAACACCGAAGAUGGGUUUUCGUUUUGUAGCAGCGAUUUACUAGAUUCGGAGUACAUUCAGCAAUGGCUGCUGCUGGAUGAGAAACGUUCGGCGAUGCAGCAUUUACAAAUGGAGUACAAUACUGCCGAAGUAGAAGACUGGAGUAUGGAAGAUACGGAGAAUUGGAAGAAAAUAACUAGAUUCAGUAAAUUACCAGUAUCUCAAGACUACGGCGGUCUGUUCAACGACGGGCACAAAUGCACGGUGAAAAACCUAUGGGACUUUUCCUCGCAACCGGAUUCCGACUACAAUAAAAACUCGUGGAACGAGGAAGAGAAUCAAAAUUCAUUAUCUUCGGAUUCAUCGUGGAGCAGCACGGGCACGAAUUCGGAAGGCAGCUGCGCCAGUCCGUUUGAAAACCUUUCGAAACGUUCUUCUUCAGUAUUAAGCAGCGAAAACGGCGAAAGCGCUCAAGUCGGUACGGAUUUCACUCGAGAUUUCUAUCGUUUGGUGAAAUUCGAAAGCUCCAAGAGUCUGGCGUCGUCUUCGUCCAAAAGUCAAAACGGUAUCGAGCAAAAAUACCAAAAUUGUGAUGUGUUACCUCGCGAAGAGAACGCAGUCGAUAGAGAGCAAGCGCUGCAAAGUGUACUGAAAUUCAUCGCCGAACAACAACGAUACUGUAUUUCUCGACUAGUGCAAGACGAAAAUUGCUGCACCGUUUCCGGCGAAGCGAUGGCUUUCGAUAGUUUCGAAUCGGAGAGUGGCCGAUUAUUGGAACACAAUACGACUGAAGAAGGCAGCGAAAACGCCAGUUUCGAAGAAAUGCCCAUCGAAGACGAAACCGACGACGGAUACUUUAGUAAAUUAAGCUUUGAUAAUAACGGUAACGCGACCAACACCGAAACGGUAACCGAAACUUCGGAUAAUAAGAGUACCGCGUGUUUUAGCACCGAAGACGCAGACCCUGCCAGUGAAACGUGCUGUGAUAGUGAGCAAAAUUCUAGUAGCGAUUUUAAAACGUUAUUUAAAACGUGCGAUACGUGUUUUCAAAGUAUUAACAACGACGACGACGGCGUACUCGAAGGAACCGAUAGCACGGCGACCAACAACAUAUGCGCCAAAUGCGCCGAAUGUUACAUAGAAUGCCUUCCAGAAGAAAAGCAAUGCGAUUAUAGCCGCAAUGAGCCACCACCGCCGGUCGAUAAACUAACUAGAUAUCCUGCUUCCGUUCCUGUUAUACAAAAAUCUAGUUUAGAUACCGUUCUAGAAGAGCAAGAAGAUCUAGCCGGUCAUAGCUCGUCCGGCGAAAACGUCACACCUGCUGCAGAUUCCGCAGUCAUCGUCAUGUCUGAGCAGAAAUUAGUCAGUUUUCACGAAAGAGCCACGUCCAAAGAAGUGAUCGAUGAAUUGAACAGAAUGAUUAGAAAAGGCGACGAGUUCAGCGAACACGAUCGUACUACUCCGGUCACAGAACUAGAUGAAUCGUUCGGAUGUACGACCGGAUGGGUGCAUGUUGAACAAGAUAUCGAUUUCAGUGAUCCUAAAGCUAGAGCGAAUCUUUUAGAUGUUAUGUUAGCGUCGAGUUCGAGUAGUAGUUGCGAUAGUAGUCGAAAUAAUAGCGAUAGCGAAAACGGCGAAGAUGAUAGAGAUUACAAGCAUUUACAUAGACUGCAUAGAUUUCGACGCCAAAAAAGAGCUUCAGCUUCCAGACAAGCAAUAAUGGGCGCAUUACGAUUCUCGAACGCUGGCAUCCGACAAUCGAUCAUCGGCCGAGAGAACUUCUACAAUCGUUACGGCGAAAAAGAACGCGAAGCAGUGGCCAGCUUUGAUUUCCUAGAGGAGUUAUCGACGACAUCCCUGAGCACAGCAUCCGAGCCCAGUGAUAACGCCAGUUGUCCCACACCCUCUUAUAGUUUCCGUUCAAAGAAUGGCUACAAAUAUCGUAAUCGCUCCACUCGCGGACGUAAUGUUGACUGUGAUAGUUGUUGUAAAUCGUGUUCGUGCUCAGAGUAAAAAAAAAAAAACAAAUACAAAGCUUUAAUUCUUAUACAUUCUGGAACGAUAUUCGCGAGAAACGUAUAAAAUGUGUGUAGGUAAACGAAUGAAAUUCUGCUGAGAAAAUAUGUAAUAUCGUCGUACGAGUAGUAGUAAUAGUAGAUACCUACCUGCUAGAUGCUAUACCUACCUAAAUAAUACCUCGAAGACAAGGAGAGUUUGCGCGCUUGGGACAAUAAAAUUUGGCGCGGUCGAAGUGCAAUUUGAUUUUUUUUCUUUUAAUUUUAAGUUUGUGACUACGUGUGUAUUAUUGCGUUUUAAUGCUGUGAAGUAUUUCCCGGUUAUUUACACCUUGUACCUAUUUUAUAUAAUGCUACACUUGUUUAUUUAUUUGUUUUAGGCACGAUAUCAAAUAUAUGUGUAAUGUAAUUUAUACUAUGUACUGUAUGUAUUUUUUUUUUAAAGAGUAGAUCUCUGAAUUCGCAAUUUUUAGAUUUAUAUACAUACCUAUAAAAAAAUAUUUCAUACGAAUUUUUUUUAUAAUCGCGUUUAUAGUAUGUUCGGCGAAUUUUUUUUUAUUAUUAUGCCUGUUAUAUUGGCUUCCAUUUUUUGUUUCGUUCUUUUCAACUGACACCUUGAAAAGUUUUAGAUUUUUAAUCAGAUUGAAUAAGUACAUAGGUUAUGUUGCUGAAAUGGAUGGGUUUUUUACGUGUGUUAUGUAAAUUGUAUUUAUUCGCAGUGUCGGCCGGAUUAACGUGCGGCGCAUUUAACACGUUAUUUUUAAUCGUUUUAUGACUAGAUGGAUGAACUCAGGAAUUGUAGAAUGUGAAACUCAUCGAAUAAACGAUUUGUUACUUCCUUUUUUUUA